AGUUACAAGUGUCAGCCUUAAAAGUGAGGAUUGUAUGCCGUUCGGUGAAGACAUGGAGGUAACUAAAACAUGUUUCAGCGUGAUCUCAACAGAGUUGUAGCUUUCUUGUGAACUGUCAUUAAUUAAUACAAGAGCAACUAUAACGACAAACGAGAGAUUUAAAUUUAAGAGAUUGAAAUAACGCGUGACAACGAUAUCGAGCAAUGUUACUGAUAUUUCAUGCUAGUACAGUUGUCUUGGUAUUCCAAUUUCCAUAUUUAUCUUAAACAUGACAUAAAUUGAUCGAUUGAAAGUAAUGAUGCAUACUGGACGAAUGAUUUUUAAGAAACGUAUUUAUGAAUAAAUAAAUCAUUUUGAUGAUCAAUCAUAAGAUUCGUGUAAUGAUUGUCAAAGUAUUAGAUGGUUUAUCUUGGAUACCGAAAUUUCUUAUCAACAAAAUCCUGAUUUAUUGACACAGGCAAAAGGAAAAUAAAAAUGACGGAAAGUUUAAUAAAUGAAUGGCUAGUAGAUUGUGCAGAUGUGUCAUCGUCAGAGCUCCAUACUUUUGCCACUACUUUAUCACAAGACAAUGAGAUAGUCAGAGCACUUUAUGUACUCUUGGAAGAACGUAGUAAAUAUAGUCAGUUAAUGGAUACAGUAUGCGAUCAGUUAUACAAUUUUUAUCGCUCUCGCGAAACAGAAUUGCAAAGGUUCACCUUGCAAUUUUUGCCAACAUUAGUAUACAUUUACUUGAAUUCUGCAGCUCAUGGUGACAUUAAGAAUUGUCGGUCUGUAGAAACACUACUAAUUGGUUUGUAUAAUCUAGAAAUAGUGGAUAAAUCUGGGCAACAAAAAGCAAUUUCUUUUAGACUACCUUCACUUGCCAUGCUUUCCAUAUUUCAUGAGCCUGCAAGUUUGGCACCUGCUUCUUUAACUGAGAGUGCAGUACGUAGAUUUGAAGAAUGUAAUACGAAACUUGUUAGCUGGGGUCCACUGCAACAAGUUGAGACACUAAAUGCUCAAAAUAGAUUAAAAGUUAUGACUGCUCUUCUUUUUAUCUAUAAUCAACAACUCGGUUACAUAAGUAAAUUUGCAUUAGAGCAAUUAUGCAAAGUUGCUACCAAACUUGUUACUCAAGGAUUUAUGAAGCCAGGACAUCAUCAACGAUCCUCGUAUGGAAGCGAGUCUAGUUUUGUUCCAAGACUUCUACCACGUAUACCUGUAUCAAGUCAAUUUCUCCUCGAAUUUUUGCAUGCUGUAUACUUUGCUAUGUAUAAUGACUGUUGGUAUUUAGGAACACAAGCAGUAGACGAUAUUCAUAAUCGAGCAUGUUAUGAAACAUAUCCAGAUGUUAUGCUAGUCACAAAUGCUAUACGUAAUUCUGCCAGUACUGGACCAUCAGGACAACCUAAUGACGGGCCAAUUGGGAUUAGUGUUGCAUUAUCGCCAGCUACUGCAACCGCUACAGUAUCUAAAUCAAUGAUCACAAAUGCUUCGUUCCGGACCAAAAAGUUACCAGAUGAUAUACCAAUUCAAGAAAUGAAGGAAGAUUCUGGAGGAGAAGGUAAAAGUAAUCUUGUAUCGAUCACAGAAGAAGAAUCGAUAGAACCAAAUAGAGGUGGUUCAAUAAGACAAUCGAAAGAUCAGAAGACUGCGUCCAAAAUCACGAAUUUCCCGGUACUUGGAAAAAAGCCGCGAGAAAAGGAUGGUAAAAUAACUAAGAAUGCUCACGUUAGCGUUCCUGAAAAGGAAAAAAGACUUGGAUCUCAAGCGACUUCGAAGGAAAGUAUUAAAGGUAGUUCCUCUAUGUUAAAUAGUGAAUCAACAGAAAUCGAUGGAAAUGUUAAUGGGUGCUCAGUCAGGAAAAAGAAUAAUAGUGUAGAAAAUAAUUCAGUUACAGUAGACAAUGUUUCUUUGAUUGAUGGCGAACGUCUUGCGUUAGGCGGAGAGAUAGAUAACACUAAUAUGGAUACUUCUGUUACUUUAAGAACACAUAAUGAAAAUGAAUCGCUAACUUCGUCUAUCCAAGUCAGUUCUGUUUAAGUUAUACAGAUAGAUUUUUAGAACGGAAAUGAGGAAAAGAGUAAUGGACCAUACAUUGAACGACUGAAACAAAUUGUUGUUGUAGUUUCUUAUUUAAUUGUACAUACAUAUUCUUUCCUUAUUUUUAAGAAUAUAUACACAGUGUUUUAUAUAUUUGUUUUAUAUAUAAUUGAAUUAAAUUAUUGAUUCUGUGACAGACCAAGAUUUAUUUAAUUUGCUAUUGUAUUUUGGAGCGAAUAUUAUUGUACAUAGUUGAUUCAAAAGUGGUCCAUUACUAUUGAUCUUCAUACUCUGUUUAAAAAAAAAAUUAAUAAGAUAGUAAUGGGGAAGGGAAUAAUAAGUUCACACUAAAUAUUUUUCUUUGAUGAAGGUACAUCUUUGUAUAUUAAAGGAUUCUGUUAUAAUCGUUCUUAUAAUAUGUCUGUUAAACUAUUCAAUAGAUUUAUAUUCGAAUAUUCUAGUAUAUGAUUGUUUAAAGAUUUUAAUUAUCAAAAAAUUUAAUAGACUCGUAGGAAAAUGGUUCAAUAUUUUAAUUAAUUCAAAAUAUCAAAGUGAAAGGACAAUAUUUUAAUUAAUUCAGAAUAUUAGAAUAAAAAGAUUUAUAUCAAUUUUUUCAGAAUUAUAUUUAUUAAAUUAAAUAGUGUUACUUUUUAAUAUAAUAUCUUUUAUUUUGUUAUUCUUCACUCAAUUACUUAGGCCUUGGCUCCUUGGAAACCAGAAAGACACACAGAUGGGCUAAUGUCAUUUUUUAAUAACUACAUUAUUUAAUUCUAUUAUGUUUGUACAUUUUCGCGGAAAAAUGUAAGGCUAAAUGGCUAGUAAUUUUAUGAAUGCUAAUAAUUUCGUUUUGUAUCCUAUAGCAAAAAAUAAUGGAGAUAUCUUAUAAUUUCAUAAAAAAAAUUAUUUGCAGUAUGGAAUAUCGAGUAUCGAAUAUUCUGUGAAAAGAAUAUAAUAUGACUGACUUAUUCUUUCAGAUGGUAAAAAUUGAAUUUAGAAAAAUCUUAUAAUUUUUCUAAUAAUCGUAUUUUCUAUAACAUCUUUAUGUCUAUCUAUAUAGAAUUACGUGCAAAUAACGUUUAAAUAAAAAUAUGUUUUGUCAUAAAUUUCGAAUGAACAAAAUGUUUUUAAUUCAUUGCAUUGUGUUUGUUCAAUCUCGGUUUUAAAAUAAUUUAUAUGAAUGCUUUUCCAUAAUUCUAAUACUAAGUGUAAUCUUACUUUAUAGUAAAAAUGCGUUGAGAAAAAUAUUUGCAAGUAAAUCUUCAUAAUUCUAACACUAUAUAACAGUGUUUGUAAAUAUACAUUGUGACAGAAAAUAUUUAAACCAAAGUAUUUUUUCAAAAUUAUUUAUUGAUUAUCUCUUGUUUUAAAUAACAUAACAAAACUAAUUUAAAAUUUAUAAUUACUGAAAAAAUACUAAGAGUCAUAAAAAUGUUCAUAAAUCUGAGUAAUAUAUGUUUAAGAGAUCAAAACUUGGAAUUGGUAUUUACUUAAAAAGACUGUACAUUGCAUCACAUUAUUACUUAGUCUGAUAAAAAAGUAUACCAUUAUGAUUUGUUAAUCAAUCAGAGUGUUCAGUAUGGUAUCAUAUACAUAUUAAUAUCAAAUCAAAAAGAAGAAAGAAAGAAAGAAAGGGAAAUAUAUAAUAUACAUUAUAUGAAUGUGACCCCAAAACAAUCAUUUAACUCUUGUGACACUUUAAAAUCUUUUUAAUAAUCAUAAAUUCAGUCUAUUAAAUAAUAAAAGGAGGCUGAUUUAUAUUCUACUUCUUAAGAAAGAUGGGACUUUGUAUAACAUCAUUACUUUCACAAUUUAUUUUUGGAAUUCCAUGAUUUCUGAAUUUAUUUAGAACAUAAACUGAUCGAAAUUUGCUAUAUUUUAUUACAACUUUCAAAUUGUUCCCUAUUCCAGUAUAUUAUUGUUACGAAUGUUAUAUUAUAAUUUUUCAAUAAAAAAAUAUUUUAUUUUUAUUUCUUUUGUAUUAUUAAAAAAUACUGUGCAAAAUGCAUGUGUUUGUGCUUUUUUUGAACAUUGAAGAUAAUUAGUUCAUAGAACCUUUGUAACUAGUAAGAUUUUAAAAUGAAAAUAUCUGAACACUUUCUAAUACUUAUACAUAGCAUAUUAUGUGAAACACAAUUUAAGAAAAAUAGUUCUUUAUAUUAUUUGAAAGUUCUAAAUUGAUAGCCAUUGGAGAAACAAAAGCAGAAACCACAAGAUUAUAAAUUAAUUUAUUUAGAGGAAGCCAGAAUUUAGUUUUCUGUAUCACUGCCAUGUAGUGUAAUUUAAUCAAUUAAAUUGUAUUAAUAACUUAAGUUUAUAAGUUUAGUUGAUUAUAUACAUUAUUAUACCUAAAAUUACACGUCCCUAUACAUGCGCGUGUGAAAUAUAAAUGUUUAAACGAACAAGAAAUAAUAUGAAUUGUAAGUAUUAAAUAAUAUAAACUGUAUAGGGAGAACAUCUACACAGCAGAUAAGUUAAAAGAUUGUUAAAUUUAUUGAAAUACUUGUACAAAAGAUAAAAAGAAAGGGGAAUUGGUGAAUAUAUAAGAAAUGUAAGAUUUAAUGUAAACUUUGGAGCCAUUCACUAUUUGUUAAAGAAUUGCUCUUUUCUGUACAUUUGACAAAUUUUUUUGGGCACUUAGUUCUAUCAUAUAUACAUAGAGAAAACUCUUGUAUACAAAAAGAAAAAUAUGUAUAUAAUGUCAUGACAACUAUUAAUGAUACUCAUAGAGCGAUUAAUAAUAACCACAAUAUCUUGUAUGUUUGUGCAAAUUAUGCAAAAUUAUGACGAUUCAUGUAUAUGCUGUUAUAAAUAUUGUACAUUAUUUUAAUUUAUGAUUAUAGUGUUAAAGCUUGUUAUAUUGUUAAAGCUAUCAAUAUGUAAAUAAUAUAUAAACUUAUUGCACA